AUGAGCGCAUGGGCCACAGGCAUCAGCCGUACAGCGGAGCAAUACGAGCUCGUCCCGUCUGACCAACGACUGUCGGAGGAUGAUCAAGAUGGUGGACAUACCGGUGACGUCAUCUUCACAAGUAACCUCCCUGGACCUAGACCAACGGCCGCUCAGUGCAUUAAAUUGCGACACGUACCAGGCGAAGUACCAUGGACCGCUUAUGCAAUUGCUCUUGUAGAGCUGGCCGAAAGAGCAUCAUACUACGGUGUAGGAGGGCUAUUCCCAAAUUUCGUGCAGCGUCCUCUUCCUGCUGGUGGUCCAGGAACAGGUGCUCCUCCUCCCAACUCUCAACUCACCCCGGGAGCAUUGGGAAUGGGUCUUCAAGUAUCUACGGCUCUAAGCGUCAUUUUCUCUCUACUGGCAUAUACCACUCCACUCCUGGGAGGCAUCUUAGCAGAUCUGAGAUGGGGUAAAUUCAAGACUAUAGCUGUAGGAACUGGUAUAGCAGGAGUCGCCCAUGGACUGUCCGUGUAUGCUGCUCUGCCGACCCUGCUCCAGAAUGGUGGAGUCUUCGUACCGUUCUUACUUGGAUUGUUGCUUCUAGGUGGAUCAGCAGGCCUGAUCAAAGCCAAUAUAGCGCCCAUAAUGGCCGAACAGUACAACCCUUCGACCGACUACGUCGAAACAUUACCAAAUGGUGAAAAAGUAAUUAUAGACAGAGAAGCAACGAUUCAAAAGAUCAUGUCUGCGUAUUACGGCUCAAUCAAUAUCGGAGCAUUCAUAGCUAUCUCAUCUACUUUUGCUGAAAAAUACGUCGGCUUCUGGCUAGCGUUUUUGAUACCUUGUUUAAUAUUUCUCAUCAUGCCAUUCAUCCUCUACCCAAUUUACCCUAAGCUCGUCCCAUCCCCUAAACCAUCUUCAUCAACUUUAAUAGACACAUACCACCAAGCCCGAACCUACUUUUCCUCAUCCCAACAUACACAGUACAAACUCGAAGAAGACGAUUCGAUCGAGCAUGGCAAUCAUAUUGAUGAGCACGGAUUCGGUAAAAUCAUCCAAGCUUGCAAGUUCUUUUCGUUCUUCGUCGUUUAUAACAUCGCAGAUGGCGGGUUGAACGCGCUGUUAACCAGUCUGGCGGGUUCGAUGACUACGAAUGGUGUACCGAAUGAUUUUCUUGGACAUGCAAAUCCAUUGAUUAUAGUCGUAUCGAUACCACUACUAAAUCGAUAUGUGUACCCUUAUUUCGCUGCCAGAAGGAUCGCCUUUGGGCCCGUCAAAAGGGUCCUAGUGGGAUUUCUAUUGGCUGCUGGUGGGAUGGCGUGGGCAGCAAUCAUACAACAUGUUGUAUAUCAGACUUCGCCUUGUGGUUAUCAAGCCACGACUUGUGAACAGGGAAGUGGAGUCUCACCUUUGAGUGCAUGGCUGGUACUACCCUCUUUCAUCUUAUCAGGAUUAAGCGAAUCAUUUGCUGUAGUAAGCGCAAUGGAAAUAGGAUACAUGUUAUCACCUCCUUCUUUACGUUCGAUCAUCAACUCCCUAUUCCUAUUCACGCAGGCAUUAUCAGCUGCGUCGAUAUUGAUUUUCUUACCAAUUAUGAAAGACCCAUAUCUCGUUUGGCCAUUCGUGAUUACCACGAUCAUAACGCUGACCGCUACUUGGUUCGUAUGGAGGUUGUUCUCUCAUUUAGAUAAUAGAUAA